AUGGUGAUGAAGAGGAAGUCUGAUACGACUAACGAGUUGUGUAACGUGUCCCUCUCCCCAGGCUGUACCUUUGAGGCCUCCUACUCCUCCUGUGGCUACAGCGUUUCUCUCGGAGCCGACGGCUUCACCUGGGAGCAGCUGACCUCCUGGGAGACGACCCCCGGGGACCCGGAGCUGCCCACAGGCUCCUUCCUGGGGGUCAACGCGUCGGGCCGGGCCUCGGGUCAGAGGGCGGAGCUCUUCAUGCCGAGCCUGAAGGAGAACGACACGCACUGCAUCGACUUCCUGUACGCACUGACCAGCCGGGGGGGGCGGGGCCCCGGGGCCCUCAACGUGUACAUCAAGGUGAAUGGAGGAGCUCGAGGUAAUCCGGUGUGGAACGUCUCCGACACGCUGACUGAAGGCUGGGAGAAGGCGGAGCUAGCCAUCUCCACCUUCUGGCCCAACUCCUACCAGGUCAUAUUCGAGGCCGUCUCAGUUCAAGGUCGUCACGGUUUCAUCGCCAUCGACGACAUUCGAGUUCUGGCUCACCCGUGUCGUAAGGCUCCUCACUUCCUGCGCCUGCAGAGCGUGGAGGUCAACGUGGGUCAGAACGCCUCCUUCCAGUGCACCGCGGGGGGGAAGUGGGCCCAGCAGGACCAGCUGUGGCUGCAGCAGUGGAACGGCAGAGACUCUGCCCCCAUGGCGACCCGGGUCGUGAACCACCGCCGCUUCUCCGCCUCCGUCAUCGUCGGCGACACGGCGCAGCGAAGCACGAGCCGCUACCGCUGCGUCAUCCGGUCCGACGGCGGCUCGGGGGUCUCCAACUACGCCGACCUCAUCGUUAAAGCCCCGCCCACCCCCAUCGCCCCCCCGGAGCUGCUGGCCGUGGGCGCCACCUACCUGUGGAUCAAGCCCAACGCCAACAGCAUCAUCGGCGACGGGCCCAUCCUGCUGAAGGAGGUGGAGUACCGCACCACGUCGGGCAGCUGGGCCGAGACGCACCUGGUGGACGCGCCCACCUACAAGCUGUGGCACCUGGACCCCGACGUGGAGUACGAGAUCAAGGUGCUGCUGUCGCGGCCCGGGGAGGGGGGCACCGGGCCGCCCGGCCCGCCGCUGGUCACCAGGACCAAGUGUGCAGAUCCGGUCCACGGCCCUCAGAGCGUGGACGUGGUGGACGUCCGGGCUCGCCAGCUCACGGUCCAAUGGGAGACGUUCGGCUACGCGGUGACUCGCUGCCACAGCUACAACCUCACGGUCCAGUACCAGUACGUGUUCAACCAGCAGGAGUUCUCGUCCGAGGAGCUGGUCCCGACCUCGUCCCACUACACCCUGAGGGGCCUCCGGCCCUUCGUCUCCGUGCGGCUGCGUCUCGUCCUCGCCAACGCCGAGGGCCGCAAGGAGAGCGAGGAGAUCGUCAAGCAGACGGAGGAGGACGUCCCCGCCUCGGUGCCGAUGGAGUCUCUCCAGAAUUCUCCCUACGAAGAGAAGAUCUUCAUCCAAUGGAAAGCUCCCAACGAGACCAACGGGGUCAUCACGCUGUACGAGAUCUCCUACAAGGCGCUGAGCUCUCUGGACCCGGGGGCCGACCUCUCCGCCCAGACGGGCCGCGUGUUCAAGCUGAGCAACGAGACUCAGCACCUGUUCCUGGGCCUCUGGCCGGGAACCAGCUACUGCUUCAGCAUCACGGCCUCCACCAGCAAGGGCUCCGGGCCGCCCAGCGCCACCCGCAUCAGCACCCGGAGCGCAGCCCCCAUGAUGCCAGAGUACGAUGCCGAGGCUCUGCUGAACGAGACGGAGACCACCAUCACCGUCCUGCUAAAGCCCGCCCACUCACGAGGAGCACCAAUCAGCUCCUACCAGCUGGUGGUGAAGGAGGAGCUUAAGCCCAGGACGCGGCGUGCCUCCCCCGAGGCCCCCGAGUGCUUCCCCUCCCCCGUGGGCUUCCGUAACGCCACGGCGUUAGGCUCCUCCUACUACAUGGCGGCCGCCCUGCCGCCCUCCGGCCUCGGCGCCGCGCUGCCCUUCACCGUGGGAGACAACCGCAGCUACGGAGGCUUCUGGAACCCGCCGCUAUCCUCGGCCAAGAGCUACAGCAUCUACUACCAGGCCACGAGCAGCGCCAACGGGGUGAGACUCACGGGACACGGGGAGACACACGGAGACAACAUGUAA